UUCAAAGCAACUGCAGAACAAGGAGAAUACAAAGAUGGUGAAAUCAGGAAAAGUUUUAAAAAUUGCGCUUGGUCGUCGAUAUAUUGCAGCAUCUGUAAGCCCGUUAUCAUGUCGAUCCAGAGUCGAACGAACGACACGAAGCCCGCUAACAAACAAACAGCAAAAUUACGUUAUUAGAGAUAGACCUGUGAGUCCACUGAUAAAAACGACAACAGAAUCUGAAGAGCUAAGUACGCUGUUUGCCAAGCUUCGUGAAAUUAUACCCAGUUCGAAUUGCAAUCAAACAUCUGAUCCAAACCUUGACGUGGUUCUCGGUGCAGUCGAUUAUAUUCGAGAACUCCAUGUGAUGAUUCAGCAAAAAAUCAAACAAACUGAUUCACCUGCCGAUGCAACAAAACAGCAAGAUUCCUUUAAUCAGCAGUUUUCUUCAAACACGUGACACGUUUCAGCGCAUCUGCCAUGAAGUUCCAAAGAACUAACGCAUACGCUGGAAAGGCGUAUUAUUUAUUACUUUUCGCAAUCCAACAUGCGCUUCUGCCUGAGACAAAUCGCGAUCGAACAACACAAUGCAAUUUCAUUGAACUUUUCCAACCUUGUCUUUUCUGCUCUGAAUUUCUUCCAUAUUAAUGUUAAUAAAUUGUUUUGAUAUUCCACUUUAUGGUCGUUUUGGUUCUUUGGCAAGUUGUCGGUUUAAACACGUAUAGUUAUAGUCGAUACAAAUUAAAUAAACAAUUUUAUGCUCGCUAA